AUGCGGCGUUUUUUAAGGAAACCGCUGCUUUAUUCAAGACAGCGUAGGUUUCUCGUGGAUCCGCAGCUUUUCUUUGAGCUUUAUGGGAGAAAACCUGAUAGUACAGAUGAACCCACAGUGAGUGCGAAUUCUGCGGGUGAUGAUCACUCUUUACCGUCUGAGUCAUCACCGAUGGGAAUACACGCACUUGGUGAGUUCUUUUCCCAUCUUUACGCAACACCAAAUGAGAGUCUUAAUCGUUCCGUUGUUGUAAAUGCAUUGGAGGCGUUAAAUACAUCUUUAUCACUCCCACUUAACCGUCGAGCUCGCUUCAGUGAACAACACUGUAUAUAUGCAAGAGAUGUAUGGAAGUAUGGUGAGAGGUAUGAUUUUCAUAUCGCUGCAUUAUAUGUUUCUGUACUAUAUUAUGGUGGGAAAUAUGAUGAGGUGAUUCAGUAUGUAGAAAAACACUGGUCAUCUGAAACAAUAUCAAAAGUAGCAUCAUCAAGUACACUUGACGUGAAGGAUACAUGUCAUGCUUUACGGUUGUUUACUGUAUACGUACUUUCCUGCUCAAAGAGUAAAAAUCAUCUUAAUACUUUUAUUAUUAGUAGAGUGAAAGAAGUGGCUGAAGGUUCAAUACGUAUUUUGAAAAGUAGUACAUCAACUGAGACUGUACGUGAGUAUACUCUAUUAUUAUACUCAUUGGAUUGGUAUUUUGUUCAUACUGAUUAUGUUAAUGAACGAGAAGUUCUUUCUUCUAUUUUUAUACCCUUAUUACCUAAAAAAUUAACUCCUUAUCUUUUCAUUACAUCAUCUGAUAUUUCUGAUGAUGUAAGAAAAGGUUUAACUCCUUCUAUUCUCUUUCAAAAUGGUAAACGACAUGCAAAGGAUGGAGAUAAAGAAGGUAUUCAACGACUUUUCAGAGAUUGUCAAAGACGUGAAGAAAAGAAUGAAGGAUUUCGUUUAUUUCUACUUUCCCCACAAUUGGGAGAAUUAAUGUCUCAGAUUUCAGGUAUGGAUGAUCGUGUAAUGUCAGAAGUUGUUACAUUUUGUGGAACUUCUUUGAGUUGUGAGGCACUCAGUAAAAUUGGUUUAAAAGAACGCUCUCGAUCUAAAGUUCUACAAGUACUUGGAAAUAUGAAAGGCCCAGAAGCUUAUUUUGCGGCUCGUCAAGUUCUUUUUCACCAGAAUAUAGAAGAAUCAUUAGUAUUUCAGCAAAAAUAUGGAGAUAUCCUUUCUGGAGAUCCACAACUUGAAUGGCAAACGGCAUUAAAAUCAAUGAAAGAGUCUCUUGCAUCUGGUGAUAUGAAGUGGCGUAAUAAAUUGCCAACUGUAUUGCGUUUAUUAAGUGAUGCGGGUGAAACUGGAAAAUUCUUUAAUCUUCUUCGUGAAAGUCAUAGUGAAGGUGAGAAUGGAUCUCUUAUGAUAGCUUCUGCGUUAGCACAAACUGUUCGUCGUUCUGAACGAUGGUGGCAUGCAUUAGAAGUACUGGACGUGAUUGCCACCUGUGAACAUCCUCGAACCGUUGAGGAUGAUUUAUUUCUUAAGGAUGCUUGUCUACAAACUAUGUAUGCCUUGAGAGAUGCCAAACGAUGGAAAGAAGCACUUCAUUUUUAUAAUUCUCUCGUACCUGUAAUGCCAGAAUCUGCACAUCGAGUUCUCUGUUCUGUUGUGUGUGGAAUGCCUGCCUCUUCACCAUGGCAAGAGGCGUUAUCAACAGUACAAAAGUAUGGUGAAGUACCUGAAAAGUUUUUGACGACUCUUCUCUGUGCUAGAAAUCCUGAUCAAGUGGAUAUUUCACAGCAAGUAAAUCCUCGUUCUUGGCGAUAUAUUCUUCAAGGAUAUGCUGAUGGUGGUCAUUGGAAACAUGCUUUGCAGUUUAUUAAAAAGAUGAAACAUGUGGAUUUUAAUGCAUGGGUUUCAGUUCUUAGAGCAGCACAACGUGCACCAUUUGGUUCACUCUCUUCAAACAUUUUUGAAUCUCUUGAUGAAAAUGUUUGGAAUAAUACUGCUUUAUUGAGAUUAACUGUUUUAGUGGCAGAAGGACACGGAUAUUGGAAAGAACUCUAUAAAAAUAUGGAAAAAUACAAGAAUAAUUCCUCAACUUCUGAAUAUCAUGCAUUAGUAGGUUUUUUUAUUGAUGGAACUCUACCUUCUACGGAGAUGGUAUUUACAGAUGAGUAUGUUAUUCACCGAUUACUAAUGUUUCCUAUACCUUUUGUAAAAUCUUUAUCCAUAAAUAUUUUGUGGACAAGGAAAACUCGAGAUAUUUUUAAUAAUACAUAUCAAAAAGAUAUGAAAGCUUUUAUUCAAAAUCAUUAUAAGGUUCAUCUUUCCUGUUUGCCAAAGAAAAAGAAGAAUCAAUAUGAUACACAAAUUAAUGUUUUUACACUUUCUUCUAUUGCUCCUCAGGCACCUUUAACAGGAAAUAAUACACUUGUAACCGUAUUGGAUCAUCUUAUAGUGGCAUAUAAACCACCUGGUAUACUCUCACAUAGUUUUGCCCGUUCAGUGGCUCAAAAAGGUCAAGUGGGUACAAUGUACUCUCUUGCCUAUUUACUUCCUCCUUCUUCUUGUGGUUUAAUUGCAUUAAUAGACUCUUCUAUUCCCACUAAAUCUAUACAUUUAGUGAUGAAAGUCUUGUUACGAUUGUGUGCAGUAGACGCAGUGUCAUUACCUCUCUUGUCCACAGAGUUUUUCGUUUUGUAUACGAUGGAAGUAUUAGAAGGUCCUUCUUCUGAUGGUUGUAUUGCCGUUAUGGCUACAUGCUGUUCUGAUCAAGAUGGACUACUCGCCGGAUCACUGUACCUCCUACAAGAGAGUAUUGUAUCUGAGGGAUGGAGAAUUAUAGGGUCAGAUGAGGAAAAGGGAAAAAAUUCUACUGUUAAUGGUGAUUCUAUACACCUCGCAGAGCUUUGUGUUUUUAUUCAGAACACAAAUAUUGAAGGGUUUCCCAUGCAUUUUACUAUUUCUCGUCCCCCUUCAUGGAUCAAACUAUUGCCAGAGGAAUGA